GUAACUGUUCCAAAAAAGGCGACCCCGUGAACUGCGACGUCUACCGGCCAGUGUCGUUGCAGUGCGUUGCCAUGGGGGAGUUCUCGGCCGUGCUCAAUGAAGGACUCAUGGGCGCUGGCGCGGGCGGGGCGUGCGAGGGCGGCGACUUAUCCGAUUGCAUCCUCGCAGGCGAUGCGCUCCCCAUCGGGUCGGGCGAA